CCGGGGUUCUACUUCCGAAGAUUGUGAGGUGCAAUCUCAGGUAAAAGAGAUUGGAGAUAGUAUGGCGACAUUGCGCGAAUAUAUCGAAGUUGAACGUGCGAAGAAGGAGAUGAAGGCACGUAAGAAAGCCGAAAGGAAGGAAGUGGAGCGCCGUGCCAUGGAGGAAAAGGAAGCCAGGGAGCGAAAAGCAGAAAAGAAGGCUGAGAAAGCUCGGGAGGAGGAAGAGAGGGUCGCGGCUAUUCGUAAGGAUAUGGACUUACACGUCAAACUUACUGUAAAGGAAGCACUUAGCGGAGCCUACGCUGAGUUCCGGGAGGCGAUUGCUGCCGCGAAGCUCCAUGAGAAGAUGAAGGGAAAGCAAAACGACAUAGAGGAGAUACGUGAACGGAUGCAAGGUCUAAGUAUCAAUGAAAAGCGGAAGAGAGGGCCAAAACCUGUUUUCGAGGAUAACCCGCCUAUGGAGCUGCCGGCAAAAAGGACACCGAAGCGUACACCGAAGAGAGGGAUUCAAAAACCGGCGAAGCUUACACCAAGGCUGACUCGCUCGAAGACCAAGACAAAAGUUAGACUCUCCCCUGCAACAAAGGAAAGAAUCACGGCGGUAGCGAAGCGGAAGAUUCCCGCCAGCAUGGGCAAGAUUGGCCGGUACAAGCUCAUGGAGGACGUGAUGCGACUUCCCAAGGAUUAUGACGCGAUCACUCUGCAGAACAUUUGCCUUGAGGAGGGGGUUCAGUAUAGAGGUAAGAUUGACGCGAUAUUUGACUUGGCGGAGCACAGGGCUUACAUCGCCUAUGGUACCGAUAACGAAGACGAUGGAGAGGUUGAGAGCAAGCAAGACAUUGAUGAAGUUGGGGCGACGAAAAUUGUCGAAGGCAACGAGGGAGUUGCUGAGGAUGUUGACGAGUAAUGCGUUUUAGGUAUAUCUGAGUAUUGGAGGCUGUGCCGGAUUUUGGUAGAUGUACGUGGUAAGUUUGGUAAGAUUGAC